CUCGUAUUGAGGGAUGCCCCCGCGCUCUGAUUAGCCAGCCUUCUCUAUUUGGCCGGACGUCCCGCCCUCUGCCUGUUCCUCGGCUGAGGCGGGGGCGAGGUAGCUAUGGCGGCUGUCAGCGACGUGCAGCGGCUACAGGCCCGUGUGGAGGAGCUGGAGCGCUGGGUGUACGGGUCUGGCGGGCCGCGCGGCUCGCGGAAGGUGGCUGAUGGCCUGGUCAAGGUACAAGUGGCUUUGGGGAACAUUGCCAGCAAGAGGGAGAGGGUGAAGAUUCUGUACAAAAAGAUUGAAGACUUGAUCAAAUAUCUGGAUCCUGAGUACAUUGACCGCAUUGCCAUACCUGAUGCCUCUAAGCUGCAGUUUAUUUUAGCAGAGGAGCAGUUUAUCUUAUCCCAGAUUGCACUCCUGGAACAGGUGGAGGCUUUGGUGCCUAUGCUGGACAGCGCUCACAUCAAAGGUACCUCUUUAGCCGUUCCUGAGCAUGCCACCCGCCUGCAGCGCUUGGCCCAGAUCCACAUCCAGCAGCAGGACCAGUGUGUGGAGAUCACUGAGGAGUCCAAGGCUCUCCUGGAGGAAUACAACAAAACUCUCAUGGGGCAUCUGGCUGGUGCAGCUGGAAGAGCAUAUGGCUCUUGAUCUCAGGGUUGUGAGUUUGAGCCCCAUGUGUGUAGAGAUUACUUAAAUAAAUAAACUAAAAAAAAAAAAAAAAAACAAACAGCUCAGUCUCAUAUCUCCCUUCCAGGCCUCAUCCUUUCUUUUUUACCCCUGGCUACUCCUUUUCUGUCUCAACUUGGCCUUAGACUCUCAGACUUACAUUGGUAAGGUCAGGGGCAUGAGGAGAGAGGUAAAGAUUGCAAUGGUAGCCAGGGGUCUGCAGGGAUCAGAGCAGGAUUGUGGGCAGUGGUAGACUCAGUGAAGAGUUGAAUCAGUUGGGUCUCCCACUGGAUUUUGAGGUCUUCCCCAAUAUUUCCAGUGACUGAGUGUCCAGUCACUAGGAAAGCAUAAACUUGGGGCUGUUGUGGGUUCACACUGUGGCAGGAUGAGCCCGUCAAUUUGAGAGUGUUGAACUGAUGUUUGGCUGAGUCUAGGCAGGAGGGGAUGGAUUGUUGGGAGAAAUCCAACAAUUGGAGGCAUCAAUAAGGGCUUAGGGCAGGGAUGAGGGGACCAGAAGGCCAGAAGGCUAUGGUCAAAACUUGAACACUAUGUUCUGUGCUUUUCAAGAUAGGUUGACCAGAGUGAUGUGAAAGACCUUGAGGGAAGGGCAGGUGAUGCAGAUUCAGGGGAUAUUAGAGAUAGGAACCCUCUGAACUGUUGCCCAGUCAGGCCUCUCAAAUACAGAGGGUCAAGGAGCAUCAAAUACACCCCUAUAGGCUGUGGCAGGGAUUCUGGUGUCUUGCUACCAGCAACUCCUGACUUCUCCCCAUUCUCUUUGUGGCUAACUCAGGUUUUUGCUCCCUCCCAGCUUCUGUGUAUUGCUUUUUCUCUAAGUAUCUCCACUUGUGUGUCUUCUACCAUAAAGAGCUGUCUGAGCGUCCUUGUUCCCCAGAGCUUUGGGGCUAGGCCACUUGCAGACUGUCGAUGUGUGGCUCAGCAUCCCAUCCUGAUCCAGCCUGCUGUGGCCAGGGUGGAAUAAUCACAUGGAAUAAACAUGCUGACCUGUGCUCAGGGGAUGAUUCAGAAAGGUGGUAUUACAAGCUCUGGGGGUCCUAGGAAGGGUUCCCAUUUGGGCAGUUCAUUAAGGCACCACCUAGUAACUCCAGGAUGAUGGCAGGGCUUGUGUGAAAGAAACUGAGGAGGGGGUCAAAAUCUCUUGGAAGGAACAGGAUCUAUAGCUCAGAGAAUCAGGAAAUAGGCCACAGGAAGAAUUUUAGGAAGGGAACCCGAGAGAAGAUAGUCCUUUAGAGUCAGAAAGCUUGACCCAAUUUAGGAGGGAGCAUAAGAGUUGUAUAUAAUUGCUGAUUCAGUGUCUUCCCAUUCAAUAUCUCCUCCUUAAUUCACUCCAGUAUGGCUUCUACCUCCAUAAUUUGUUAGAAAAGGUUAUGCCUUGGCAUGAAAGGUAAGGAAGUGGAGACAGCUCUUUCAAGAAGUGGCAUUGUGAAUGGGAGGAGAGAGGUGAUAAAUAGUUGUAGAGAAAUGUGGAUGCAGAGUUUUCUAUUUUAAUGAGUUAGAGAUUUGAACAUAUUUGUAGGUUAAUGGAAGAAGCUAAUAGUAAAAGAGAUUAAAGAGGCAAGAGACUCUGGAUAACUCAUAGAAUGAGACUCUUCAAGGGGUAAAAGGGAAUGGGAUCCAGAAGCAUGGAGGUAUGGGCCUUCCAAAGGGAAGAGGAGAGAUGAUUCCCUGUAAAUUCCCAGGGAAGAAGUUGAAGAUGGGUGUGCAUACGAGUGGGUGUGGAGGCAAAGGUGGGACAUGAGGAAGUUCAGAAGGUUCCUAUUGAUGUGGGAAUCCAGCUCUGCUGCUGAGAAUGGAAUGAGGAGGCUGGUGGGAAGGAAGUAUGGGAUCGUUGUUGCUGGAGAGAUAACCAGGGGGUCACAGGAGGAUGACCAGGCAGGGCUAAAAGCCCAGGUAAGGCUGGUGACCAUGAACUUGUAGUGUUAUCAGUCAGGGUGUGUGAGCUUCAGAAGCAUCCAUAGUACAGGUGAGGACUCAGGAAUCACUGUUGCAUCCUUCCAGACUAAGGUUAAGACAGGCAGAAACGAUAGAAGAAUAGUGAGGAGACUAGCAAGAUGUAGUGAAGAAUCAAGGAAUCCAAAGUGGGUCAGGAGAGAAGUAAAGAUAGGGGUAGGGGUCACUGUCCUAGACAUCCCCAUGAAAAUGUCGGGGUGGGAUGGGAUGAAAUGGAGUAGUUGAGUGAACUAGGACAGGGCAUUGUCACUAUAUGCAUUUCUAGGGCUGUUGUACCAAAGUAUCACAGAUUGAGUGGCUUAGAACAACAGAAAUUUACUGUCUCACGGUGUUGGGAGACUAGAAGUCUGAAGUCAAGGUGUCAGCAGGGCCAUUUCCCUUUCUGAAACUCGUAGGAGAAUCCUUCCUUGACUUGUCCUAAUUUCUAGUUUGCUGUCAGUCUUUGGCCUUCUUGGCUUUUAGAUGUAUCACUCCCGUCAUUCAUCUUCACAUUUCCUUCCGUUAUGUCUGUUUCUAUGUCCAAUUUUCUUUUUAUAAGGACACCAGUCAGGGCACCUGGGUGGCUCAGUCAGUUAAGUGACUCUUGGUUUUGGCUCAGGUCAUGAUCUCAUACCCCACAUCAGGCCCUGGGCUAACUGAGCCUGCCUGGGAUUCUCUUCCUCUCUCUGCUUCCCCCUCCACAUGUGUGCACAAGUGCUCUCUCUCAAAAUAAAACUCAAAUAAAUAAAUAAGGACACCAGUCAUAUUGGAUUAGGGCCCACCCUAAUAACCUCAUUUUAACUUGAUUACAUCUGUAAAGAUCUCAUUUACAAACAGUCACCUUUUGGGGUACUAGGGGUUAGAACUUAAACAUAUCUUUUAUGGAAAGAGAUAAUUCAAUAGUAGUUAAAGGAUGAGAUGGAGGAGUUGUGGAUUUGAGAGUUUUGGUUAUGGGCCUGGGAGUGGAUAGCUGAGUGGCCUGGAGAGAGAGUCACCGAAGACAAGGUUGAGGAAUUAAGAGGAUAGGGAGGGU